AUGCCUGUGUAUGCAAAAUUUUUUAAGGACAUCGUCUCGAAGAAGAUAAGAAUGGGAAGAUUCGCCACGGUGGCAUUGACACAAGAAUACAACACUUUAAUUCCACCAAAGAUUCGUGACCCAAGCAGUUUCACAAUACCUUGCUCAAUAGGAGGAAUCUAUAUUGGCCAAGCAUUAUGCGAUCUCGGGGCAAGCAUAAACUUAAUGCCUUUUUCAAUUUUCAAAAGAUUGGAUGUGGGACAGCUAACACCCACAACAGUGACUCUUAAACUCGCAGAUAGAUCCUUGGUGCACCCUGAAGGGAAAUUCAAGGAUGUCGUGGUAACAACAAAUAAAUUCAUCCUACCUGCAAACUUCAUUAUCUUAGAUUAUGAGGCAGAUAAAGACGUUCCAAUUAUAUUGGGACGACCAUUCUUGUCUACUGGUCGUGUUCAAAUAAAUGUGCAUAAGGGAGAAAUCAGAAUGAGCGUCAACACUCAGGUUCAAUAUUAUCAAGGCAAUGAAGUUCCCAGAUGA